AUGCCUGUCUUUCUUUUCGCCCAUGAGAAUGGCGGCUCUGCCGACCGGUUUAGCACGAAGUCCAUGGACCUCAUCACAGGUGCUGGCUAUGCAUUGGUGAGCUGGGAGUCGAUACCGAGCAUAUCGACAACCGCUCACGUCGAUGUUGGCUCCGCAGACGCUCAACUAGCCUUUGACUGGGUACAGGCUAAUGCGGCAACCUAUAACUUUGAUCCAGACACUAUCGUUGUGGGAGGACGUUCGCGCGGGAGCAUACUCAGCUGGAGGCUCGGCCACAGCAGGCACGAGGCGAUUGCUGGUCUCUACUUCUACAACGCACUGCCAAAUGGAGUUUGGGCGUUCCCGGAUGUCUGGAAUCCGCUCAAUGAUGUGACCGCCGACAGCCCCCCGCUCUACUUCGCCUACGGACCAGCACCAAAUGAUGGUGACAUCCACAACCCAGUCAAUGUUUACCCCGUUCUGGAUCGCUAUAGAGAGCUUGGAAUGCCUGGAUGGGUGAAUCUUACCCACAGCAUGACAGCAGCCCGACUUGAUGCUUUUAAUUUCUUCCCGGACUUCGUGGCUGGCUUGAAGUCGAAUCGUUCGAGGACCGCGGCAAGGAACUCCGCAGACACAGGCAUCAAUACGGCCGUGUCCAACAGCGCGGCAUGCUUCAUUUCUGCCUUCGCCAUGGGUCUUUCACUGUCUUCUUGGCAAUGA